CCAUGCAUCAGAGAAGAAAAAGAAGAAGUACACACGGGAAAGCGGAAGCUAGUUGUGGAGAUGUUUGUGUAUUGAUCUAACAUGACACAUAUACGGCGAAAAGAUUGUUUAAUAAACCAAAGACUUCGGAUUGACCCAGUUAUAAAUGCGAGUUGAAAGCUUCAUUUGACCGUGUCCUCUUUUAAGUGGCUAACUCUGAGUUACAACUGAGAACAAGGAGACAGUAACGUGGGAUUAAAGUCGGCCAAAAAACAAUGGCAAGUAAAAGCAAAGACAGCGGUGAAGUUAUUAAAAACUACCAUAAACAGGCGUUCGAGUAUGUAUCGAAGGCGUUACGGAUCGACGAAGAUGAUACAGGAGAGAAAGAGGAGGCUGUGCAGUGGUACAAGAAGGGCAUUUCUGUGCUUGAAAGGGGUAUUGAAGUAGAGAUCACGGGGCAAGCAGGAGAGCAAUAUGACAGAGCAAAGAGACUUCAAGAUAAAAUGGUCACCAAUCUCACCAUGGCAAAAGAUCGGCUCGCUUUGUUAGAGACAGCAAUGGCAAAUAAAAGGAGGAGUGAUCCCCAGAAGACCUCAAAUCAUGCUCUUACACAACCAAAGCCUGUGCCUAAAAGCCAGCCUGCAGUGCGAGGUGUGUCCACUAACAUCAGGCCCUUCACUGUUAGAACCCCAUCCAGACCCACUGAUCAAAAGGUGACGCCACGGGUGGCAAAAACUCAAAAUGGAAAACCUGCAGCUGUGAAACAGCCCCCAAAGAGAGAUAUGAAAAACUUCAAGAAUGUGGACAGCAAAUUGGCCAACUUGAUUAUGAAUGAAAUUGUUGACAGUGGAGCAUCUGUAUUCUUUAAAGACAUUGCGGGACAGGACCUGGCCAAGCAAGCACUCCAAGAGAUUGUCAUCCUCCCUGCCUUAAGACCAGAGCUCUUUACUGGCCUGAGAUCUCCGGCACGUGGUUUACUUUUAUUUGGCCCGCCUGGAAAUGGGAAAACCAUGCUGGCCAAAGCAGUUGCAGCGGAAUCGAAAGCCACAUUCUUCAACAUCAGCGCUGCCAGUUUGACCUCUAAAUAUGUGGGCGAGGGCGAGAAGCUUGUGCGAGCACUGUUUGCAGUUGCCAGAGAAUUGCAGCCCUCUGUGAUCUUUAUCGAUGAAGUUGACAGCUUGCUCUGUGAAAGAAGGGAGGGAGAACACGAGGCCUCUCGUCGAUUAAAAACCGAGUUCCUCAUUGAGUUUGAUGGGGUGCAGUCAGGAGGGGAUGACAGGGUGCUCGUAAUGGGAGCGACCAACAGGCCUCAGGAGCUCGAUGAAGCAGUACUGAGGCGUUUUGCAAAAAGGAUUUAUGUGGCAUUGCCGGAUGAGGAGACAAGAGUCACGCUGCUGAAAAACCUUUUGGGAAAGCAUGGGAAUCCACUGAGCAAAAAUGAGCUUUCCCUUCUCGCAAAAAAGAGUGAAGGAUAUUCAGGAAGUGAUCUCACAUCAUUAGCCAAAGAUGCUGCGCUUGGGCCGAUCAGAGAGUUGGGACCAGAUCAAGUCCGAAGUAUGGCUGCUAGUGAGGUGCGUAACAUCAAGAUGAAAGACUUUGAGGAUUCCCUGAUGCGCAUUAAGCCCAGUGUUAGCCCAGCAACUCUUCAUAUGUAUACCAAAUGGAACAAAGAUUUUGGGGACACAACAGCUAUUUGAAUUUUGAACUUUUCACUUGUUAAAAAAACAAAAACAAAAAAACAGUUAAUUCCUCUGUUUUAAUCUACUGGUACAAGACGUCAUUAACAUAAAUUAACUUAAAAGCCUGGAACAAACUCUUUGUAGGGUGGUAAAGCUAUAAUGUAAAUAUUAUGAAAUUAGGAAACAUUUCCUGUUAUAUGGAAAAGCUUUGCUAGUAAGGGUUUCUUUACUGUGUUUUUACACUCCUAAAACACUGUCUUGCUAUUUGAAAUUUCAUUAUUUAUUCUUAAGAAUGUCCUGCAAAAUUACAAUUGAUCUUUCUCUUGCCUCAAGAGGGCAGCAACUUUCUGUAAAUCCUGACAACCUCACUGAUGUCGAUCAUUUUACACAUCCAUUAUUUUCCUGAUGCAUUGACAUGUUGAUAGUAUUGAUCACCAAAUGCUCUCGAUACUUGUACAUAUGCAAGAGUGAUCAUAAUUGAGAGAAUAUCUGCCAAAUUGGGUGCAUGGCUAACCCUUAUAGUUUGUAGAUACAAAAACUUUUAUUGUAGUUGAAAGUAGGAGACCUUAUGAAUUGUUGUGAUGGCCAAGAAGAGUUAUGAUUUAAUUGAGCAGAACUGUAAUGGCGUCCUACUUUCUUCAUGCAUCAAUAAAUACAUUCAUUGAAGUUUC